GUUUCAGCAUUUUCUGGGACGUUAUCUUUUAUGUGCUAAAGAAUUUAAGAAACCCUGAUGUUGUGUUAGCAAACUUUUUUGGCUAUUUUGAUAUUUCAAGUCAUAUAUAACUGCUGUUCCUUGUAAUUUUUCUUUAUAGUUAAGCCUUGUUCUUUCUAAAGGUUUUUUGGUUAUCCAAGAAAUCUUGUCACAUUUUAUUUAUUUAGUUACUUUCUGUCUUUCUUUCCUCAAAAACAUUAUUUUACAUCAGUAUAUGGAACUGUCAAGAUUUGUAGAUGCAAAGCUAAUUAAAAUAUUAUAAAAAUAAUGUGACGCAGAAGCUUAAUAGCUUGUGAACUGAAAUGAAAGAGAAUUAAUAAAAUGAGAAGUUGUACAUAAUAUUUUUCAACUUAAACAAAGUAUGUGUAUAUAUUUGAUGUGUAUUCUUCUUUUUGCAGGCAGUGCUUCGGCUUCGAAGAUCAGAAAAAUUAGUUGGAAAUUUGUUUUUAAAGCAGCACUGUUGAUGUCUUAACAAUGGUUUGUUCACUUUCUCAAUAAUUUUAUACCUACAUAUGAACUAUUUCCAACAACACAUAAGCAAAAAAGGUGAACCAUUCUAUAGAACGUCAAUUAAUAGUAUUUGCCUCACACUUAGAAAAAUCCCAUCUUUGGCCGUUCUUUGUUAUCUAUGCUUACUGAAAGUGGGUGUCUCUCUGUAGCAGCAAGAUGUCCUUCUAUCCACUGGUUUAGGUAACAAAUUGUGAUUGUGAUAAAGCUACAAAGUUACCAGAUGUCAAGCUCUACUGUCAUUGGGUAAGGCAAAACCACUCAUGGCCUAAAGGGCAAUGUGUCGGUAAACAGGGUUUCAGGAGCCCUAUGUGUAACAAAAGUUGGAAUUUUUGGGGCAUGUUAUGAGGAAAGAAAGUUUGGAGAUAUUAACCCUCACAGGAAGAAUUGAAGGGAAGAAAAGCAGAGACCUUGGAAAGUGAUUUAUAGAGCCCUUCAAAACGUAAAAACAAUAUUACCACGAAGCAAAAUAAACUUUUGACAUUUGUUGAAUUAACUUGAUCAAGCAUAAACAAUCUUCCCAACAGACCGCAAUAACAUGAUUUGCAUAAGAUAACCCCUUGAGAAAAAAUUCAUCAAAUUCAACGUUGUAUUUUUUAUACCAUUUUUAAUCCAAUAGCCCUCUAAUAACCACCAAGGACACAGGCCAUCGAGUGCAUUCUCCCGCAGAUUUAUUUGAUUUUCGCAAGCAUUAAUAUUCUAUUGAAGUGUAAUUUCCUGUUUUUUCUUAAUAAUUUAAAAUCACCUGUGCAAAUCAGCAAUCACAUUUCUGUCCAAAUUAUCACAUUAAUUUUCAGUUUUCAUUUCUGUUGAGAGUAGUGGAUGUUCUAGGGUGUCUUAUAAAAUGGAUAGCAUUAAAGGAAAUAAAGUUAAAUGUCCAACUUAAACCCAUGCGUUUUGAUGAAGCAAUAUUUGAAUCUGAACAUAACAGUAGUGAUACUGGCAGUGAUAAAAUCUCAUCAAGCGAUGGCAACUUACAUAUCUAGAAAAAUCUGAACAAUUUAGAGGUGCAAAAUAAAGCGCCUAGAGUUUCUAAGGGGCUCUUUUUAUGGAGCACCUUCAUUCUGCUUAGAGCAUUUUGCUAAUCAUUGUUUUCAGUCUUGUUCUGAACAAAACUACCCACAUGAGUACAUCUCGUGUUUAUCUUCCCUAUAUUUUACCUUAAUAUGCAUGUAUUCACCAUCUGCCUAUGAAUUUUCAUGCACCUUUUUGUGAAGCUGCAGCUCUAUCAUAGUGCCUAAAGUAUUUGUCCAAUAGGAAAAACAGUCAUUUUAAUAUACCUCAUGGUUUAUCUUUGGAGUUCUUGUGUUUAUCAUAAGGUCUUCAUUGAUUGACAAUAAGGUAUAUAAUGGACUUUCAGAUUUGACAGCUUAGAAAAGACCAAUCAAAGACAAAACUUAUCUAACUUGCAGAGGUCUAUUUAUCUAUGUCUGCAUUUGGAAGACCUAUCUUUAACAAUUUUAUUUAUUUUCUUCUUUAUAGUGGAAGACUCAGAGCAAUGGUGUUCACAGUUUUGAGAUUUGAAACACAUUCUGCUUUGUAACUAGGAAGUGGCCUGGAUAUGUUAAGGAUAUCUUAAGUACAGAAGGUCUUUUUUGCUUAAUGGGAACAAUGACUUACAAGAAAAUAUAUAAAAACUUUUGUCUGAUUUUAAAUUGACAGUAAUGGUUAUUUGUGCAAAAUAUAAAUAUGAAAGCAAAAAAUUAAUUUCCAUCUUGAUUCGGAUUAUGUCAAGCAUUUUUGUUAGGCCUCUCUUAUUUUCUUCCAUGAACGUCCUUUGAUAACUGAAUUGGUAUUCUCAAAGGAAAAAUUAGUAUGUGUAAAACCUCAUAGCAAGGAAUUUGGUGUUGUCGGUGUAGAUAGGAAGGGCUUUAUCUGCUUCUCUUGCAUCUCUGGCUGCCACUCAUGUUCCCAUGUUGAAGCCAUCAACUCCCUAAUUGAUAACCAGUCUGAGGAAACCCCAGACUUCAAAUGGUGCAAAGGCAUGAUGUUCUCAAGAAAACCUACCCGAAAACGUACACCAGGUGUUCUCUCUCGACAAGACGGAUUUCGUAUGGCCCUAUGGCCUCACAAGCCAGCAUAUUCAAUGGCAGAUUUAUUGUUGAUACAUUGACAUUGCAGGAAGACGAUAAGUUGUGCCCUGAUUUUGCGUAUAGUGUAUGCCCAUCCUGUGAUUAUGAUAUUAACGAGGCAACGAUUGAUUGGAGUGGAUCAUCUCACAGGCUUUUUACCACAAAAAUGAUACUGGCUGUGCAAGUGCCGUACAGAAGAUGCCAGAAUGCGCAGUGUGGUUUGAUUCAACCAUAUGAUGGUUGCGCAAAAGGAAUUUUGAACAUGGGCGAGUUUCUUGUUGGGCACGAUGUGCUGAGAGACUAUAUGCUUCAUUUUCUUCAUGGCCACAGCCAAAGCCUUGUCAGCUACCUGAAGAUAUGGAAACUCAACCUACGUGCCUCAAGAUUUGAUGUGUCACACUGUUUGACGUAUGACCAAUGGCGAAUGGCCUGGUACUCAUUUAUUCGGCUACUAGACGUUGAUUUCAUUUCCAGGUUUUCUUGUUCUAAGUGUGGACAAUAUCCUCCAAUAAUCUUAUGCGAUGCAACAUCACUUGGCUAUCGGAGGAAAUAUUCUCGAGGCCUUCAAGAGCUACCAAACGAGGCCAACCCUGUAAUGCUGAAUGGAAGAUAAGUGAUAGAUAUCUUUUUUGUGCUUAAAGAUAAAUUUUUCGUACAUUAUAGUAUUGCUACCGUGAUGGGCUACUUCAGUUCCACAUCAAGAAUUUUUUCUUCUGAAAGUUAUUACGUAGACUAUUGUAGUCAAUAUAUGAGCAAUUCUUUAUGAAAACUUCUGAUCUUUAUGAAAACGCGGGCCAGUUCUAUGCUUUACUCUGUCAGAUUCUGAAGCUUUCUCAUUUUAGUUAAUUCUAUUUGCUGGCGAUAAUAAGAAGAGUGCAAAAUUUAUUCUUUCACUUCUAAUUCAAGAUUUCUUUCUUUGGUUUGGUAUCAUUACUAGCUUCAGCCAACGAGUUUGUAUCAAGAAGAGGAAAACCAGGAUGUUACUAAGAAAACUUGUUUCAUCGAAAUAUUUGGAAUGCGUAGAAAGAGCAUCACUAAAUACACUUCUAAGCCACGAACAUCCAAACAUUUUGCACGUGCUUGAAGCUUGUGAAGAGCUCUUUCAAGGCUGUGAGCAAUUUCCAAGGAGCUAUGUACCUUCUUCAGGUGCAUUUCAUCAAAUUCGCCGGUUUGUUCUUAUAUACCACCGACAGCUUCCUUCAAUCAUUUGGCAGCACGUUUAUCCUCUUGGCUGAUAAUAAGGAAAGACCCAGAAGCUCUAUCCGAGCUUCAGAUUUGUGCCCCCAUUGUUUAUGGAGUUAUAAAAUGUCUUCCUGCUGCUUCUUUGCCACAGCCGUGAAUCACGUUGCUUGAAGAGCUAAUUGUGAAGUCAAGGUAUGUCACAGAUUUCCAGCCUCAUGACACCUCAACAUUGAACAGUUUCUUGUCCAAAAGUUUGAGCUUCUUUCCUUCGUGGCCACAGCUAUCCGACCGUGGCUCCUACACAAUGGAUAAAAUGAAGAGCGACACCAGGGAGGAAUGUGCUAAAACAUAUCGAGGUCAUCCAAAUUUGUUGCCUGGUAUAUUCACAGUUUACUGUCAACACGAAAUCUGCUACGGUUUUGAAAUGAUGCAAUGCCAAGAGUCUACUAAUGUCCCAUUCACAAUUAUGCGAACUUAAUUGCCAGAAGGUAUUUAUACAGGAUUUAUCACAUCAAGCUAUUGUCAUAAUAAGCGAUUUGAUCUUGUCUUAUUAAUACGUGCUGUUAUCUUCAAGAGGUACAGAGAUAAAGUUUCAUAAAGUUUUCAGGUCAUUCCGUUUUCGUAGUCAAAACGAGAUGUGUUUCCAGAUUGGUUCAGAUUGAAGGAUUGUUUUCAAAUGACUCCACUUUUUGAAUGCCUCCACAUUUUCAGCAUCGUUUCGGAGUUUGGUAUCGAAUGACAAUGUUUUCGAAACUAGCAAUGGAAACGCAAAAUCCAUCUUGGGAAAACAUCUGGUAACAAUGUGAAGCCAAUUAUGUCCAAAUAUGUAAAUGCAGCAAAUAACAGGAUCUUUUCCAAACUGAAUUAUUUUGGUUUGGAAUCAACGAAGAUUUUCUCCUGUAAUCAGGCUCAUCGUUUCUUCUCGAUUGUGUCGAUUUAUUUUUCUAUCUUUAUUUUAAUUUUGUUUUAAAUUUUAAUACCGAAAGCAGUGUAAAAAUUGAUAUGUUUAAAAGCGUUUUUCAUCAUGUCUUUCAUCGCUUAUUGUUUCCUCUUACAAGUAAUUUGUUGGCCUUCUCGUUGGCCUUUUUAUUUCUUUUACAGCCCCUGAAGCAAUAAUAUAUGAUAACUGUUGCCAUCUGCAUCAUUACUGCUUAAACAGAGACCCUGGCUUCUUUAAACAAUGCAACUUUUUAGUAGACAGAUUCCGCUGGAAGAAUCAUAAAGCUUGUGCUGAAAGCUACAAUGCUUCUACUCAACCAGCAUAUGACCGAAUCAACACCCAAAUCAACGAGCAGAGAAAUGCACUGAAGACGCUCAAGAGUCAAGUGUCGUACAUGAAUGAAGAGAAUUUUCUCAGCCACAUCAAGCUGCUUCUUUUUCACUGCAAUUACACACUUAAACAAGAAAAAGGAUUCUAGAGCUUCAAACAUUCACCCUUUUCUUACUUAAACGCUUAACUUAUUUGACUCCCUAUUCAUUUGCCAUGAAUAAUUCAUUUGAUCUUAUUUUAUCAUCAUAAAUAAAAAUUGCAAACUUUUCUGGUUUUUUCAAGGGUGUGAGCCCUUACAUGAGAAACUUUUCUUAUAAAAAGCAGCAUAAGAUAAAUUAUUCUACAAAUAAAUAAGACGAUAUUAAGAAAAAAGUUAAUCUUUGUCUAUUUUGAGAGAGAAAUUAACCAACCUUUUUGUUAAAAGUAUCAAUGUUUUUUGAAAAAAUAGGACUUAGCAAAAAAGACGGUGGUUAUGUAUGUGCCAUAUUACAGUUUAUCGCUUCAAAAACGCCUUUAAUUGGAAUAUGUUGAAUUUACGAUGUUCAUGGAAUUAUUUCAAUGAUCAGUGACGAUAAAAGAACUUUUUGCGUAUUUUUCCUAUCAAAGUGUCGUAACAUUGGCCCUUAGCAUGACAUAAUUUGGUCAGCUAUGCGCCAUUCCAAUUAUUAUUGGUACAAGAAACAAUUUGUAAACAAAAUUUUUAUCUCAAGACACAAAGAGAUGAUUGCAAUUAUGAAUAACGACAAGCGAACAAUUUUGUUAUUUUUUCAAUCAAAGUGUCGUAACAUUGGCGCUUAGCAUGACAAAGUUUAGUCAGCUAUGCGCCAUUCCGAUCAUUAUUGGUACAAGAAACAAUUUGUAGACAAAAUUUUGAUCUCAAGACACAAAGAAAUGAUUGCAAUUAUGAAUAACGACAAGGGAACAAUUUUGUUAUUUUUUCUAUCAAAGUGUCGUAACAUUGGCGCUUAGCAUGACAUAAUUUGGUCAGCUAUAACGUUCGGCUUAUCGAUAAAUUAGAAACACUGGGCUUCUUUUCCGUUUAUUUUGCCUACAAAUCUUAUUUUCUUGAUUAAUUACAUACUUCUCCACGGGUACUAUCUAAAGCUGAUACUAGAUAUUCUCGGUGAAGGUUAUAGGCAGGUUUUGAGAUUUACAUUAAAAAUUGACGCAUGACAAUUUUGAUAAUGCAAAAAAGUAC